UUUGGUUGUCCAGUUCUCCAUUACCGUCCAUCAGCAUUUAAAAGCCAAUAUAGUUGAACAUAGUUGAUGGAAAUUUUCUUUAUUUUUUGCUGUAACUCCUCGACAAGCGUCCAACUGCAUUCUUGACACGGGCUUUGCGAUUUCUCGUCCUUUCAACUAAAAAUCUUAAAGUUAUCUUCGAUUCUGUCAUGUUUUAUGAUAAAGAAGAGGACGAUGGCGAACGUGAAGCAACUGAGCAAGUUUUCAAGAUCAUAAUUAUCGGCGACAGCGGAGUUGGAAAGACUUGCUUAGCUCACAGGUUUGCCACGGGAAAGUUCCCAGAACAGACGGAGGCCACGAUAGGAGUCGAUUUCUGGGAAAGAAGGCUGAAUUUAAACGGAGCCAAAAUUCGGGUAAGCCGUUAUAUUUUUAAAGAACCUAAUGAAUUGAAGAGAUAUAUUAUCUGAUGGGAAGUUUGCCGCCCAGCUCCAUACUGUUCAAAUAAAAUCACGACUAAUAUUUAUACUUCUAAUUAAUAAUAAUAAUAUUUUGAAAUGCAUCAUAAGCUCUAUAAUAAUCGUAUUUCAUUUGAUAACACCUUAUGGAAAAAUGUCAAAAGAUAGUACAGUAAGAUAUAAAUAGAGAAAAGCCAAAAUAGCCAGACAAUACUAUGCACAUAAAGUGCCUAUAGUGCGUUAUUUCAUUCGGAGCUGCAAAUAACAGUCGGUCAUCUGACACUGUCCAACAAAAAUUUGCCUAUCUCUGGUGAAAUCCUACCUCGAAACAAUAACUGAACAAACCAAAUGGAAAAAACUUUCAUUUUGUACCUGAAGAUUUUACAUACAUGUAGUAAAAGAGAAAAAAGUAAAAGCAACCCUGGUGACAGCCUUUCUGGUUUUUCCAAGUACGUGUAAAAUGGUGACAUCAUGGUUUAGCCUGCAUAAGAAGCGUUAGGGAGGGAAAAUGGGGGAGGGGAUUGGUGAGGAAAGAGAAGGAAUGCUGAUAUUUAAUAACUCUCUAUUUUUCACUUCUGCGGUGGCUGGUGUCUGCAAAUAUUUCUGAUUGGCUAAGCUGUAAUAAGACAGUAUUUUAUGAUGUAAGAAACAACUAUGAUGUAGGUAUCAGUGGAAAUGUGUUCUGUUGGCAUAAGCUUUGGAAGAUCAAAAUUAUGCCAAUCAAGUAGUGACUUCAUGUUGAAACCCAAAUUAAAACCUGCAGCUGUAACAGCUUGUUUAGCAGGCAGACAUGCUCUGGUUUUGUAUAUACUGGAUUUGUCCAAACACAAGUGGCAAUUCGUGCCAUGCAUUGUCAUGCAAUGCCAAUAUCCUCAAGAGCGCCAGUUACUAGAAUACAUUUCAGAGAAUUUUAGAAGCUGGACAAGUAACUUUUCAGUAGAAUCAUAUAAACCAUGAACUUCUGUAGUAUAUGAUUUGUGAGGAAAGGGCUAAAGCUUUGCUAAAUACUACCAUGAAAUAUGUCUUAGAUUGGCAUUCAUAGGACAUUCACUGGUGUCUGUUGAAUAGAGGUGACCAUUAACACAGGUUUGUUUUAAUAAAUUUUGGAAGGAAAUGUUUGAAACACACUGAGCUACUCAUUUGCUUAGUAUAGGGUUUCCACUUAAUAUGGUGUCCAAUUAAUACAGGUUUCACAGGUAUCUUUGAGCUUUUUACAUUUUAGUAUUUACAUUUCUCCUGUCAUAAAUUAUUAGUGUCUCAGGCCCAUAACUGUUCUGUUUUUAGCCACUGUUAUUUGAUGAGGCAAGACCAAAAGUUUUGUUUAUCCUCUUGUGCUUUUCUUCGCUUCCCCUUCUCCUUUUUACACAGGUCUGCUACGCAGGCCAUAACCUCUUCGGUUAUAUAUCCUUUGAUUUUUAAAACAAAAAGGAUUUGUAGGCCUGAAAUAGUAUUUUAGCAGCCAGUCUUGAUUUUCACAGCAGGUUCAAAUGGAAACUUAUAAUUAUAAUGGCCUUGUACUUCAUAUGAGUGGUAAGAUGUAUAUACUGUGGAUGCCUUUCGUGGAAGCACACGGUUAAUAUAACUAAUUCAGGGGUAUCAAAAAGCCCUGAAUACCAACAAAAUGCGUCAGUAGCUACUUUAUCCACUUAAGUUGGCUACUUCCUCCCCCCCCCCCCCGCCAUGGGAAGCUUGGAAUGGACUGCAUUGAGUUCAGUUUUCAAUUUGAUGGACUUGAACAUACUUUUUGCCCCAAUUUUAAAAUAUUUAUCUUCUUAAUUUUGUGCCCGAAAUGCUAGGAAUUGCAUUGAAGGGCUUCAAAAUUUCAAAAUUUCCUGGGGAAGCCAGUAUCCCCAGACUAAAGGCUCAUUGUUGAUAAAGCCAAUCCUACUGGCUUCUUUAAUUUUUAUUUAAACCCCUGCAAUCUUGUUGUUAUGACAACUUUUUUCUGGCCCAAAAAAAGCUUGCCAGUCAUUCCCUCCCAUAAAAAAAAUGACCUUCAGUUGUUAACACAACCAAUCUGUUGCUGCAACCUAAGACCAGGGAUGAAGCUAAGGAAAAGUUUAUUAUUCAUCCUGGCUAUCACCUUCAAAAUUACUCAUUCCAUAAUAGUUUCUAUGUGUGCAUUCCAUUAGCUAAAAUCAACCCACAUAAUCAUGACAGACAUGACAGUUUGGGCAAAUAUAUUGAAUUUAGCACGGACGAAAGAGUCAAAGCGUGUACAAUAAACUAACUAAAACUGAGGGAGGGAGGGAUGGGUAAGAGCUUACGUCUCCGGUCCACAUCUGAACAAAGAUGACUCGCUUGAGCUUCGCGCUUGGUUAAUAUAGAUCACUGAUGCUAAUAGCUAACCUUACUAGUUAAUUAAUUAUCAUUAACAAAAGAUAUCUUGAUGAUAGGAUCAGUUAUCCAAGAUCCCUCAGCUCAUAACAAAUUAAAAGAACUGAUAAAUCUACCCUGGGAAAGGAUUUGUCCGUUCAGUUGAUGUACCAUGAUGCAUUUAAAGUGAUCUCAGAAUACUGAUCCUAAUCAUCCCAAAGGAAUGCACCCUAACAUCCAUUUUUGGUGAAGUUUCUUGGAAAAAUCAUAAUCAUAACUUAAUAGUAUAUGAAGAACUGUUUACCAUGAUUUGUUAGAUUUAGGACAUGAAUUUUUAGUAUCAAUUAAUGUCUAAAUUAUUUUAUUUUUACUUUGUACAGCUGCAGAUCUGGGAUACUGCUGGCCAAGAAAGGUUCCGCAAAAGUAUGGUAGUGCAUUACUAUAGAAAUGUGAGUGCUGUAAUCUUUAUGUAUGACAUCACAAGGGAAAGUUCUUUUAGAGCGCUCGCAACAUGGCUGCAAGAGUAUGAUCACUAUGGAAUCUCUGAUGAAGGAGAAGUUCCAAAACUUAUGAUUGGCAACAAAUGUGACCUUAUUCAUGAGAGAAUAGUCAGUUCAAAUCAAGCUAGAAAAUUUGCUGAUCUUCAUAGUAUGCCAGUGUGGGAAAUUUCAACCAAAAAUGAUGAAGAACUGGAGACUAUUGAGUCUAUUUUUCUGACUCUUUCACAUAAACUUUUGAAGUCAAGAUCGUCUUUCAUGGACCGGCCAACAAAUUAUUCCAGCAUUGAUUCCUUCAGUGACAGCACUAGGUCAGCAUCAAGAAGAUCAAAAAAGGGAAGAAACUCAAAGAGGAUUAAACUCAAACAUGAAGAGAGGCAGAAAAAGAAAUGUUGUGAGUCGUCAUGAAGUUGUUAAAAUUUUUAAUUUUUAUUGAUGAGCAGUAGGAUGCCUAUACCGGUAGUUGUUAGUACGAGUAAAUGUAUUCAGAAGUAUCUAUCACUAGUUACUAAAAAGGAGAGAAAAUGAGUAUCUACUGUGUAGAACUUAAUGUUUUUGGUAACAAUUUAUAACAAAUUCCUUUAAGAGUGAUUUUACAAAACUCCUAUAUCUAACAAUAAUAGUUAUUGUCAAAUAGUUGCAAGUAAAUGGAAGAAAAUAAUGAAAUUGGCUAAGGGACAAGCACUGUGUACCACUAUAUAGCUAUUUUGCAGGUGAAGUAAAAUUACUCUACAGUAGUAACACAAUAGCUUAGGGCAAAUUGAGUAUUUAUCUGUCAAAAUUGCAAGACUCUCCUGUCAGAUCUCACAGCAUAAGAAUCACACUGAUACACUGGGCCAAGUUGUUCAAUGCUGGGUUAAGAUAACUUAGGGUUAGUGUGAGAUUUGAAUUCAGAUUUGAAAGCAUAAAAAGCAUUUCAGUUUUAAUUCUUUUUGUCUACAAGUUGAUGCUUGGAAGCUCUAAGAAUGCUAGAAAAUGCCAAGAAAAUGCUUUUGAACACAAGAAAAGAAAUCCAGGUUAAGCGCUAAUCGGCCUUCAAACAACUGGGCCCAGACUGCUAUUUUGUGGGAA